ACUUGUACAUAAGGAACCAAUCAGGUAAUACCAUGCACGCCCAUAAGCUGAUGGUAAAUGCAGUCUUCAGAGGGGCGUUUGUAUAAAUACCUCUAGUUAUUGUAUAUGUCACAACUAAUAGUAAUUUAAUAGUUGCAGGACAGGAUGCAAAUGAGCUUCCAGAUGGAUGAGUAGGCUACCCAAAGUGAUAGAAAUGGAAAGUUAUACCCCUAACCCCUUUAUUUUAAUAAUUUACAAUCGAUACUUGUCCUUCAAAAAAAAUAAACACUAUUAUUGAAGGUCUAAUUAUAUUGGAAUGUAUUCUACCAAAAACAUUUGCAUGCACAUUUAAGUUCUGACUGGGGUAGACUUUACAUUCCAUGUAAGACUUAUAAAGCUAAUAGGAUUUUGGUGUCUGGUAGGUGCGUCAUUUAAUUCAAUGGAAUCAUACACAAGCAUUCGUUCACAUUCAUCGGUCCAUUCUGCAAUGCCUCACGCCCAUUGGCUGCUUUCGUAGGACUUAGUGGACUGUCUCUAAACUGAUGCGCCUCUUCGUCUUAUGAUUGGCUCAUUCAGCUGUCAUCCAGCUUGGAUGAACAGGAGUUUAAACUGCCACCAUGAAGCACUACGAGGUGGAGAUUCUGGACGCCAAGACCAAGGACAAGCUCUGCUUCCUGGACAAGGUGGAGCCCAAUGCUACUAUUGGAGAGAUCAAGUCUAUGUUCACCAAGAGCCAUCCCCAGUUCUACCCAACCAGGCAGUCCAUUCGUCUUGACCCCAAGGGGAAGUCGCUGAAGGAUGAGGACAUCCUGCAGCACCUGCCCGUGGGGACAACAGCAACCUUCUACUUCAGAGACCUGGGGGCCCAGAUCAGCUGGGUUACGGUCUUCCUGACUGAGUACGCUGGGCCACUGAUCAUCUACCUGCUCUUCUACUUCCGGGUUCCUUUCAUCUACGCGCCCAAAUAUGACUUCACCACCAGCAAGCACUGGGUCGUCCAUCUGGCAUGCAUGUGUCACUCUUUCCACUACGUGAAGAGACUACUGGAGACUCUGUUUGUGCACCGCUUCUCCCACGGCACCAUGCCCCUGCGCAACAUCUUCAAGAACUGCACGUACUACUGGGGCUUUGCAGCCUGGAUGGCCUACUACAUCAACCACCCGCUCUAUACGCCGCCAAUAUACGGGGAGCAACAAGUGAAACUGGCUCUCAUCAUGUUCCUGUUCUGUCAGAUUGGAAACUUCUCCAUCCACAUCGCACUUCGAAACCUCAGACCACCAGGCUCCAAGACCAGGAAGAUCCCCUACCCUACCAAGAACCCUUUCACUUGGAUCUUCCUGCUGGUGUCGUGUCCCAACUACACCUAUGAGCUGGGCUCCUGGCUGGGCUUCACGCUGAUGACCCAGUGCCUGCCUGUGGCCUUCUUCUUCAUUGUGGGCUUCAUCCAGAUGACCGUCUGGGCCAAGGGCAAGCACCGCAGCUACCAGAAGGAGUUCCCCCACUACCCCACCCUCCGCUCCCCCAUACUGCCCUUCGUCCUCUAGACACACACACACACACACACACACACACACACACACACACACACACACAUCCUUCCCUUAGGGGACUGUACUUCAAUCCUCUAUUGAUCUGUACCCAUAUAACUUAAGACCAUCAUUCAACUGGACUGUACUAAUAGAACUUAGUACCCCUUCCAACUGGACUGUACUAAUAUAACUUAGUACCCCUUCCAACUGGACUGUACCAACAGAACUUAGUACCCCUUCCAACUGGACAAAACACCCCACCACCACAAACUUCAACUGGAUCCUUCAACUUCUAACUUACCGUUUCCUAUAACUGGACUAUAUCAUUUUAGAAUGUAUCAUGCCGAACAACUACACCAUAUCAAUAUAAUACAAUACCCAUCCCCAAACAGGCCAUUCUAAUUUAAUUCAGCCACUCAAAGCCGUAGUAUAAUAUUUUAACACUGUUGUGUUUUUACGUCUGUAUCUGAAGACUUUUUUUUCUGCCACGUUACACAUUCAGUCUACCUUGACUGGACAGCGCUCCCCAGAACACAAGCAGCCCAUCUUUACUGAUUUUACCCAUCAUCCCUAGAACUGGACCAAUUUAAACAACUACCCUUGAACUGGACUGUACCAAGUCAUCUCCAUUACACACCCCUUGAACAGGACUGUACCAAGUCAUCUCCAUUAGACACCCCUUGAACUGGACUGUACCAAGUCGUCUCCAUUUCCCUGACAGAACAACCUAGCCUCUCUUAGGCUGACUCUACCAACCUAACCCAACUGUCUUCGGUUAAAGAUUUACACUAAAAUUACCCAAAAGCCGUGUAAGACUUGUUAACAUCCUGAACACACCUCUGACCGACUAAACUAACUCACCAACACCCACCUAGUUUCCAAACCCCUCUAACUGACUAACACCCACCUAGUGUCCUGACAUCCCCCCUUUUCGAUCACAGCUUCGUAUGUCAAGAAUGUCACAGGUGUUUUAAAGCAAGGGCUCCCAUGUUAAACCCUCUAGCUAAACCAGGAUGUUUACAAUUGAAGCCAACAUGUCCCAUCUUCAACCGGUCAGGCAAAACAUUUAGCGGGAAAAAUAUUUUUGUUAGCUGUGACGAGGGCUAGCGCCAGUCUUGUUUCUCAACCCAUGUCCUUGGUGUUCCACUCAGGUCGUCCGUUAUCGACUGACCUCAAGCAUCCCAGAUGCUUUGUAAAGUUCAUGGAAUAAUCUGGAAGUGCAUUUUCAGAGAUGUCUUUCAAACAUGCUAGUGUCAGCUUGGUUUAGAUGUAUGGCUUCAAGCAUCAUAAGCUCUCCAGUAGGGUAUUUAGUGUUAAACGCUAAGUGUUAAAAGCAUGUGUGCUCUUUGUCUUUCUAUUUCUAUCUUUUUUUUUUUUUUUUAGUAAUUCUAACGGUUGACAUGAAGGGGAAAAAUCUUUGAAAAUUAGGAUUUAGAUUCCGUUUCCCUUACUAGAACAAUGUGACAUUUUCUUGAUUUGUGUAAAAUAAAUAAUUUAUAAAAAAAAAAAAAAAA